CCGCUUUCGUGUAAAAAUUAGAAAAUGCAAUUUCUUACAGGUAUCAGCAAUGUUAAAUCACUUUAUUGCAUCACUUGACCUAAUUACAUAAUUGAAUACUUCCGCGAGUAUUGAAUCUACAAAUCUGGUAAUUAGUAUAUCAAUUUAAAGAGGAGAAAAUGCCGAAUAUUAAGAUACGAGUUGAAAAAAUUGGGUGUUACGUACCAUGUAUUUUUCGUGGAUUUUCAAAAAAUAAGCUGCUUGCAGAAUAAUGAAUAUACACUGAAAACAGGUAGAAACUGUUGUAUGAAAAUUCAAUUUAUCGCUUUGGAAAUCAUCAAAAUUAAAUUUUUUUUAUACUAAAAAAAAGAAAAUUAAAUUCUCUUCGAAUAAUGUCCAAGACAAAAAUGCGAAAAACCCUUCCAUUUUUGGGUAAAAAAUUGAGAAAAGCAAUUUCUUCGUGUACUCUCUGUACAACUUACUGUAAAGCGAACACGUUUUUAGCUAGUAUGUUCCAAUGCGUGCAUCGUACAAAACGGAACUAACAUAAGCGUGGACCACUGAUAGGCGUGGAUUUGUGAAACGCAGAUUUUCGUCUUCCUCUACACUGUCUAUACUUGAAGACUUGAUAUUAUCAUGAAUUAUUUACGUUUCAACGAAUGAAUGUGUUGAAAUUGUUAAAAUUGUCGAAUGUAUUUUUAUUGUAUUUAUAAUGGCUUGCGAACAAUCAACGAAUGGUGAUAACAGCCAACCGUCUGAAAUCGGUGAUUUUGGUAAAGUUUUACGGUCAACUUUAACGAAUUUUGCUGCAAACGAACGUACCGUAAGAGCAAAGAACAUAAUUGUGGUUAUAGUUGGAUCGAGUGAUACAACUUUCACGGUGCUUCCGAUCGGACAUAAAUCGGAUAAUGUCGAUAUUAUCGAUAAAAGCGAAAUCUACCCAUAUCGUCCUACAGAUUUUUCAAAACAACACGUUAACGUAGAUCCGAUUCGUUCAUUUUUCGAGAGAUAUCCAAAUGCUACAGAAGAAAUUCGUACUCAAAUUGUUAAGCAUGUGCUUCGUCCGAACCAGUAUCCGUUGCCACCGCAAUCGGGAGGCGUUAUAAAUGAGCAACUUCACGGUACUUCGAGUAGAGCCCAAAAACAUAAGUCCAACGAUCCUAGGCAAUUAGCCCUUCUAUUUGAGGAUGGAGAAGAUGACGGAUCUAUAAUGGGAAAAAGGGCAAAAUUGAGUAACGCCGAAACCAUCGAUCGACACUUGGCAGAAGCGGAUGAAGAUUUUCGGUCAAUUGAGACAAUCGAACGCUCAAGAUUAUUAAUCCGCAUGCAUCAAGAACAAAUAUCAUUCGAGCGCAUCGUGAUAAAUCAAGCUGCCAAGGGCGAUUACACCUUCGGUCAAAAACACAGGGCCCAAUUCGAUGCAAAACUUUCGACAAUAUGGGGCGGUUUUGACGAAUAUUUUAAUAAGUUAAGAAAAGAAGCUGGCCAAAAGAAAAAAAAGCGUUCGGUGCCCUUUGAAGAAUUAGACUAUAAAAAGAAACGAAUCGAAUUGCAAAAGUCAUGGGCAUGGGCAGAACAAUCAACAACGGCUGAAUUAAUUAAACCGCCGAUUUAUGCGUCUUCUUUCGAAGGUAGGGAUAGGAGAGUUCGCUAUUUGAAUGGAGAUUACGAAGGCACGAUGACAGUUCCGUUCACUUUUAAUAAUCGUACUUUUCCGAAUGUCCAGAUCCCCGAACGUUAUUCGUUGAUCUGGAGUGAAUGUAAAACGUCACCUAAGCCAAGAGAACUACUACUCGUAGUGAGUGUAAAAUCGGCAAUAGAUUACGUAAAAGCCGAAUUAGCUGAAAAGCAAACCAACAAACUGGACUUGGAUCGUGCAUGUUACUUAUACGCACUUCAGUCGGGAUUCAUGGCCAAAGCUGCGUGCAGGGUUCCUAACUGCAAGUCGAGUUUUUCCGCGCCCAAAACAAGAGACGGCCAUGAAAAAAAAGAAAAAAUUGUCGGCAAACCCCACUUUACACCUUUGAAAUGGCUUAGACAAAUGCAUAAAAAUCAUACCAAACUGUUAACCGAUUCCGAACUAGGUCAAAUAGAAACGCUGUUCGCAAAAAUGACGGAAAUGAACAAGUCGAUAGAAGAUACAGAUGACGAUGAGAUCAUCGAUUCCGAUUACUCUCCGACAGAUCCCGAAGACGAUCAAUAUGAUUCCGUUGAGGAGUCCGAAUCCGAAAAUUAAGUUUUACACGUUAGUUUCUUAUACCUUGGUUGUUUAUAUCGUUAUUGUUUAUUUAUUAUCGUUUUUUCGUACGUUCUUUUCCGUAUGUUAUAUUCUCAUAUUGCAUAAUUCCAUCUCUAACAUUGUGAAUAUUUUUGUAAAUUAUUGUAGUUUUGCUAUUUUCCAUUAAUAAAUCAACAUUUUAUUUCCUGCGAUCA